AUGCGGUCAGCACGGGGUUACUCUAUCUUCCUGUAUGCAUUAUUGCAUUUAUCUACCGUACAAACUAGUACAGUAUCAACAACUACUACCACUACUACCGUCACUAAUUCUCACUGUAAUGGGGUAUUUAAACGAGCAGCUGAAAUCAAUGAACCAAAAGCAUGUCAUUGCUUUCCUGAAACAGUGUCAAGGGGACGCGAACCAUUGCUGUCAAGUAGGGAAGGUCUCUGGAUCGGUUGUACAAGACAGAAAAUGCCGCAAGUGUUCAGUGCUUUAAAUGCACUUAACGAAACGAUGAUAUCCAAAUUGUGGAUUUGGGAUUCAUUAAUUAAUAUUAUUCCAACUGAUAUGUUUGCUCAGGUUCGUCCUCGAAUUUUAUCAAUAGAGAGGUCAGGAUUAAGUCUGUUUCGGCCCGGUGCAUUUAGUAAAAUAGGACGGAGGUUGCAAAUGUUGCAGUUGAGGAACAACAUUAUCAAACGCAUUGAGCCUGUUAUGUUCAAAGACCUGGAUCGUCUUCAAGUACUCGAUCUAGGAGGCAACAAAAUUAGCUCUAUUGUCGCAGGUGAAUUGGAUCUGUUGAAAGAUUUAGACACGUUAAUCUUAAGUGAUAAUCAAAUAUCGAGUAUCGAAAAUGGUGCUUUUGCAUCGUUAAGCAAUCUAAGAACAUUAAAUCUAGCAAGCAACAAGCUAAUGAAUAUAUCCGUUGGUACCUUCCGUGGUCUUAACAGCCUAGAAACUCUGAAUUUGCAAAGCAACAAUAUUUUAUAUGUUAACUGGGAUGCCUUCGCGCAGUUAAAAAAUUUGAAAUAUCUUAAUCUUGGAAAUAAUUAUAUAUCGCGGAUAGAUCUUCGUGGAUUAAAGUCGCUAAAAAAAUUGUUUGUCAACAAUAAUAGCAUCCAAUCAAUGAAAAAUAUUACAUUGCGUGAUCUGCGCAGUCUGGCUUUGUUAAGUCUGGAUAGGAAUUCGAUUACCGAAAUACUUAAUGGUGAUUUGCAUUCGUUAGGUGAAAGCGGCAGACUCAGUACGUUUUCGAUAGCAGCGAAUAAUAUCGCUAAAAUUGAGGCUCGGGCUUUGGAACCAAUACAUCAAAUUACAGCACUGUCACUUCAAAACAAUCAGCUCACUUCUGUGACAAGUAGUGAUGGAACUGCAGAUAUAUCUUUUCUGCGACCACUGAAGAAGCUCACUAAACUAUAUUUGUCCAAUAAUAAUUUGUUGCGCGUGGGAGAACACGAUUUCAGCACAUUAAACUCAUUGAAACUAUUAGCUCUUGACAAUAAUCAAAUUGAAGAGAUACAUGGCAAAGCGCUUACUGGUUUGCCUUUAAAACGUUUGUACCUCAAUCAUAAUCGCCUUGUGUAUUUACCCAAACGGUUACUCGAUAAUCUCAAUGUUGAGCAACUCAGCGUCGUCGAUUUUUCAGAUAAUCUCUGGCAAUGCGUUUGCGGUGAAGAAUGGUUAGCAGAUUGGUUAUCAUCAAUUGGCGAUCGAAACGUGGUUGAUGGCAGCAUGGGAUGCAUUGGAUCACGAGUUUGCGCCACAGAACAUACAAAUGAGGAUGAGCAUAGUGUCUGGAUAACGGUUAUUGCUAGUAUACUUGCUGUCGUUUCAUUGUUCAUUCUGAUUGCAAUAGCCUUGCUAUAUGUCGAAGACGGAAGACGUAUGAAAAAACUAUCUUAUCCAUUACGACGAGUACCCUUAGAUCUUCUGCAGCUUAUACCGAACGGUUCAACUAUGUCGUUGCCAUAUGAAAAUGGCAUAGAACCGUUGCUUACAUGUAACACUGGUAGCAUACCGAAAGAACCAUUGUUAAACGAUGGCAAAUUGUCUACUUGCAUCAAAAGUGCAUUAAUUGUACCGAAUCAUAGUAAUAAGAGCGAUAUUGAAAACAGUAAUAACAAUAAUAUAAACGGUAAUGGAAAGAAACGAGUUCGUUUCAACAAUGCAUAG